AUGGAGCGUGUGGAGAAACCCUUGGGCUGCUCGGUGGAGGAUCUGAAAGCGUUGUUCUACUGUGAGCUGUGCGACAAGCAAUAUCUGCGACACCACGAGUUUGACAACCACAUCAACUCCUACGAUCACGCGCACAAGCAGAGGCUGAAGGAGCUGAAGCACAGGGAGUUCACCCGGAAUGUAGCGUCCAAAACAUGGAAGGACCAGCGCAAAGAGGAGCGAGCGCUGCGGAGGCUGCAUCAGCUGGCUCAUCUGCAGCUGCAGACUGAGAGGGUGACAAGGCGAAAUCACGGUCUGAGGAGUACGGUGCAGGCCACGGGUCAAAAUCCGGAUAAAUUCCACGAUCUGCAUGACCACGAGCAAGACGACAAACGCGACAAUCGCACCCACACCCCAGAAAAGCAACCCUGUAUCCAGCCAACACUAGCUUUACCUCAGAGAACUGAAAAGAUGUGCCCAGUAAGUUCACUUCAGCAGUCAACUCCAGUCUUAGCCUCGCAAUCCCCUCAAAUCCACAGCUUUGAACUCUGCCCUGACCCUUGCUCGAAAAGGCGGAUUGGCGGACGUCUCGGAGUGUCUUUCUGCUUUUCCCGCCGCGGCCCCAAACUAGAACCGUCCGCCUCCAUCUUCUCCGACUUAGAAGAGGACAAAAUGUUCAAGAAACGUGAGCAGAUGCGAGAGCGGAUACGGCGCAUCUUGAGAAACAUGGGAGAAAUUGGGACAGAGGGAGAGCAGAAUUCAGAGAGUGUCGGACUGAGCAGCAUGGGGCCCGUCCCCAGAGGGCCCGCCUCAGAAGGCUGCGAAAUUGAAAAAAGAGAUUUGGAGAAGGAACACGCUGCUAUUUCCACGGAAGCACAAGAUAAUCAGAGCAAUGAUUCACUGUUCCUGUCGGCAUGUGGCAAGGGGUUGGAAGAGGCGUGCACAGAACAGCGGUGUGCGACAAAUAACAAAUUUGAAGGACAGCAGAGUCAGUCUAUUUGUGUUCUGGGCAAAGACGGGACCACCCAGCUGAGAUGGCCAACAAGUUCAUUAAAGUUUACAAAGUCUGCACCGCACAUAUCCUACAGCAGCAACUUUCGCAACCACGAAAAACAAGACGAUCAAGAUGAGUCGUCUGCGCCUUGUGUAGCCGUUCCACACCAGACGGGAUUGGAGCAAAGUGAAGAGGCAUCGAAACCGCCGCUUGUAGACGGCAAGACACAAGAGCACCUGUUUCUCAAAGACAAACCCACCACAUCAAGCAGAGAAUUGCCAAGAAAACAAACCAUUGAGAUCUGCACUUUGCCAACAUCCCAUUCAUGUGGCUAUGAGAUUGAUGGGUUUGACUCCGCCGCCCAGAAUCGUCAGGUGGGGAGAUUAGAGGUUGCGGCGGAGAAAGCUAUCACAUCCCUGAGUUGUAAAUUAGAGCGUGUCAGCCAAAGAAGGCGCGAGAGUCCAACCAGGUGUGAUAGCAGCAGUGAGACAAUAUGCGGCAGCGUGAUGCAGGCGAAUAUGGGAGUUUCAAAGAUGUCACGCGAAAAGAAGACUAAUAGGAAACACAGGAUGGGGAAGCACAGGCGCAGAAGGAGGAAUUCGAACAAGCGACAAAUGUGCAAAGUGAAGAGUGUGGUGGUGACGUCGUGUAAAGAGUGGGGGGAGACAGGGGGGAGCGUGGGUGAGAGUGGAUGUGUCGCUGUGAGGAGCAGAAGGCCUCACAAGAGCUCAGAGCAGCAGCCCCGCCGUCACAGGCCGGCUGCUCCCUGGCGAUCGCACGUCCCCCUCUCUCCAGGAUCUGACUCCAAGAUGUUUUGGGAAAGAGGUCACCAUAGCAACCCCAGGAGUUUCAUUGACUGCUGUUACCCUGACAACAGCGGCGGUAACUGCCCUGCGAGAAAGCGAAAACUCCUCCACAGGGACAGGAAAUCCAUUCACAGUAAAAGAAAGAACUUGAGGCAUUGUGAGGAGGCGAGGGCAUUAGGGGAAGGUUGUGACGGGGCUUUUGUGUGUGACGCUGAGCAGUGGCAGUGGAGGAGUGGGGCGGGGCCCGGGGCCACCGCUCACAUCAGCGCGGCAGAGGACAAGUUUGAGCUCAGGUCCAGUGCGAGUCCAAAAGCCUGGGGACGCAGCACAGAGGACUGGGACAGAUGGACCUGUGGAAGCAACGACAGCUGGGAGGAGCCCACCACAUCCAGGUCUGAUAGGAAAGAGAGUCCAGGAAGAAGCCGCUGUUGGGGAAACAGAGCCACCAGUAGACACGUCUCAAGCCCUGAGUGGUGGAGCCGCCAGCUCCACAGCUCUCCCAGUGCGAGCCGGGUCAGCCCUCGCUCCUGCAGCCCUUGUAGCACUACUCUGUCAGAGCUGAGCUGGGAGUGGAGCACUUGCUCUGGGAUCUCCCUGGACAAGUUGACAGUUAGCUCCAAUAAGAGGCUCAGCCCAGCCUCAGUAAAAGCUUCUCCAGAGACACAGAGUAUAAGCAGCCCCACUUCCACCACAUCCAGCCUUUCCUCAGGCUCCUGUCCCACUUCUUCCCCCCACAGACCUCCACUGACUGUUCAUAAUGUAAGCACACCUCUGUGUGAACUAAGCGAGACCCGCUCUCAUGAGGCCAUCUCCCCAAACACAGACUGUAACGCCAACAUUAUUCUUCCAGGACUUUAUACAACUCAGACUUUGUCCCAAAAAUCUGCUAGAACAUUACACUUCCCUCUCAUAGGAAAACGACCUGCUAUCCAGAGAAAAGCCAGACUAAAGAGGUGUCUUAUAGACCGGGGUAAAAAUAAAGAAGCCGAUGAGACUGAGGAGGAGGAGGCCAAAGCCAUGCAGCUGGAAGCAGGAGCUGAAGUAAACAAUCAGGACAUCAGUCAUGAGCUAAGCACAAGGAGUAGCUUGAAUCUCAGGGGCCGUGACACGCAGAGCAGUGUGGAGGCAGCUCCACCUGUCAGCUUCAGCCCAGACGAGAUGGACAAGUACAGGCUGCUACAGGAGCAGGCCCGAGAGCACAUGCAGAAGGUGCUGGAGCUCAGCCAGGACACGGAGAAAAGGCCCCACACAAAGUACUGUGCGAGUGGGCGCACUCAGGAGCCAGGAGCAGGGAAGGAGCAGUUCACAGCUGUACACACUCUGCAGCACACACUACAGAUACCUCUGCCUCUCCCACACGAGAGCUACACCACCGCCUUACCCCUCCCGGCCCCCCCUCUUCCCCAUUCUCCUCCUCUGCCCAACAUGCACCACAUCCUGGUUCCUCCCCGCUCGCCCCCCACCCCCCCUCUGCAUCUGUCUCUGCACCACCUGUCUCCACACGGGCCUCCUCCUAUGCACCUGCCUGCACUCUUCCCCUCCAUCCUGCUGUCCCAUCGGCCCCUCCCCCUGCUGCACCCCUCUGUGUCCUUUCACACGGCUCUCUCCCCCCUCACGCUGCCUCUGCCCCCACAGCCUUUCCUGGACCGCGCGUGGACAGUCCGGUUCCCACAAAAGGCUUUAUGA